UCUCUAUGAGCUAAGUACAACAUUAAAACAUAUUUUCUUGAAAGAUCAAGUUGAAUUAUAGCUCAAAAAGACCAAAUUAGAAAUGGGAAAAGUAGAGCUAAUAGGUGCAUGGUCAAGUCCAUUUUACCGUAGAGUGAUAUGGGCACUUGAAUUAAAAGGCAUAAAACAUGAACAUAUUUUGGAAGAUCUUACUAACAAAAGCUCAUUGCUUCUACAAUACAAUCCUAUUCAUAAAAAAAUUCCUAUUCUUGUUCAUGAUGGUAAACCCAUUUGUGAGUCUUUGAUCAUUCUUGAAUAUAUUGAGGAAAAAUGGCCCCACUUACAUCCAUUAUUGCCCAUGGAACCUCAUGAAAGAGCUAUGGUUAGAUUUUGGGCCAAAUUUGCUGAUGACAAGGGUUUGUCCAUAUGGAUGCUUUUCAGAACAACAGGAGAAGAACAAGCCAAAGCCCAAAAGGACACUUUGGAUAUGCUAACAUCUAUAGAACAACAUGCCCUUGGAACUCACCCAUUCAUUGGAGGUGAAAAGAUUGGAAUAGCUGAUAUUGCACUGGGGAGUAUGAUCUAUUGGUUUCAAGUCCUUGAAAAUGUUUUGGAACUUAAAAUACUAAAAGAAACCCAAUUCCCCAAACUCUUUAAAUGGUUCAAUAACUUCAAACAAGACUCAAUCAUCAACAAAAACCUCCCUGAUCAACACCAAAUGUUUGUAUACUUCAAUAACCUAAAAAAGAAACUCAUGGAUGCUUCUACGUAUGUGUGAGACUAACCGUUCAUCGGUCAAAGGCAAUCGAAAAUAACCUCUUUGUUGUUACUUGGUAAAGUUGUGUACAUCGGCCCGUGGAAGCCACCAAUAAUGAUGUUACCUACUUUUGUUAUGUAUUGCAGCAACAAGGCUCAAUAUUAGUGUAAUAAGAUUUACCUAAAUCAAUUAUAUUUGUGUUUAUAGAUGCAUCAUUGAACUAUGCCAUCAUUGAUUCUUAUGAAGAAUUCUACGAACUAACUUGAUGGUUGGGACUUGGGAGGUCGAACCUCUAACGACAUGUUGAUGUGAUAAUGAUACGAUUGUCGUACUGUCAAAUAUUGUCUG